AUGCAAUACAAAAAAUCCGUUAUUACUGCCUCCUUGGCUACCCUUUCUGCAGCUGCUUACGUACCAGGCGACAAUUGGUCCACUUUGACUCCAACUGCUACUUAUAGUGGUGCCAUAUCCAAUUAUGCUUCUACCUUUGGUAUUGCUGUCAUCCCUAUUACUACUGGUUCCUAUGCUUCCUUAGCAACUUCUACAGCUUCUGUUGCAAAGAGAGAUGUUCAAGCUGUUUCUCAAAUCGGUGAUGGUCAAAUUCAAGCUACAACUACCGUUUCUCAAAUUGGUGAUGGUCAAAUCCAAGCUACAACCAGUACCGCUGCUGCCACAAAGACCACUGCUCAAGCCGUUUCCCAAAUCGGUGAUGGCCAAAUCCAAGCCUCCACUAGAACUACUACUACAUUAGCUCCAACCAGCUCUUCUACUUUGUCUGUUACAGAAUCCACUUCUGCUGCUACCUCAGCCACAGAAUCCGCUAGUUCUACUACUUCUACUGCCUCUUCUAGUGCAAGCGAUCCAGUUGAUGCUGUUUCUUGCAAAUCCAACGGAACUCUAUCUAUGACCUUGACUGAUGGUGUCUUAAAAGAUUCUAAAGACAGAAUUGGUUCCAUUGUUGCUAACAGACAAUUUCAAUUUGAUGGCCCACCACAAGCAGGUGCUAUUUACGCCGAUGGUUGGUCUAUUACUCCAGAAGGUAAUUUAGCCAUUGGUGAUGAAGAUGUUUUCUAUCAAUGUUUAUCUGGUGGUUUCUACAACUUGUAUGAUGAAUACGUUGGUGGUCAAUGUAAACCAGUUUACUUGGAAGUUAUUGAUUUGAUUGACUGCUAG